UCUCCAUAACCCUCCCCACUCCAUGACCAGCCCAAAUACCCACAACCCCGUCACCAUCCUAUCCCUAACACAUUAAAUCAUUUAUUUCCCCAGCUACACGAUCCGGGAGCCGGAGGACUGCCUGUGGGGUCUUGAGGCCAGCGGCGGCAACUGGACAGGCAUCGUAGGGACUCUUCAGUAUGAAAAGGCCGACUUCUCCAUGGACCUCACCCUGACGCCCCAGAGAGCAGCGAUAGUGGAGUACGGGAGGGUGUACAUCGGGGAAGAAAUGGCCAUCUUGUCCCUGAAGCCAAGGCCACUACCCGAGUACUUAGCUUUGUUCAGGCCCUUAGAAGUUUUGUGUGCAGAUUCCAAGACUGUUGAGGCAUACUGUUCUGUGCCUUCUUUUAACGAACGUGAUUCCUCUCGACAGCUGAUGCUCGGAGUGUGGCUCCUCGUGUGUCUGGUGCUGAGGACCUCGUACACCUCCUCGCUGACCUCCCACCUCGUGGUGCAAGGCGAGUCUUCCGCUAUAAAUGACAUGGAGACGCUGGUCAGACUACACGGGGAAGAAGGACGGCAGUGGGGCACGCAAAUUUUCUCUGGAGCAUUCAACAUUUUCCUGAGUAGCGGCUCAAACCCAGUCUACCACACCAUGAAGACACACAUGCAG